CUCGAGGACUCGUCAGUAUCGCGACGCGACUCAUCCGCGAUGUUUACUAUUCUAUUUCUUUGAACUUUCGCGUGUAACAUCGUAAAGGUCGCGCCACGUGAUAGAAUCGUACGAGACGAGUUUAAUAAAAAGUAAUUCUUAAAACGUGUCGACGAUAUUAAAGGAUAUUAUUUUAAUCGAUUAUUUAACAUUGCCGCGAGGACACCGGGGGACAUCUCUUCGACAUUUUUUUUUCUCCUCUCUUCGAGGGUAAAAUAUCUUGAUCGAUCAUUUACGUACAGAAGGUAAUCGUUCAAAGUGAUCACGAUAAGGAUGACGGUGUAGCAAGAAAGGUUCGUGCUUAAUCCAAGAGAAGCGACUGAGGUUGAUCCAAAAGGAAAGACGUCAACACAUGAAUCAAUAGAUACAUAUAUACGCGAGGAACGAUGAAUGCACUAGUAAACAUUCUUCUAAUUUGUGUCGCAGUUACGGUUCUGCCUGGCCAUUGCGAGAGAAAGGAGUCGCAGGACGAUGCAAAAGCGAGAUUACCGGAGUUCCUGUCGGAAUUGGAUCUGGCAAGUCUCGAGGCAUCCGAGGAAGACGUCGAGGCAUUGAAAAAGAUUGCCAAGAGAUUGGCACCAGAGAAGAAUGGCGAGUACCAAGUCUAUCAAGUCUUCUUUGGGAACGAGGAUCUUCUUAAGGAGUGGCUCAAAGGAGCGGGUGUAUCUGGACAACCGGGCGUUGAUUUUCCAACCUUCACGACGAUCCCAGCAACUUCCUUCAGUUGUCGCGGAUUGAAAGGUGGUUACUAUGCUGAUUUGGAAACGAAUUGUCAAGUCUUUCACAUCUGUGACAAUGGACGUAAGAUAUCGUUUCUUUGCCCGAACGGUACCAUCUUCCAGCAAUCCCAAUUGAUUUGCGAUUGGUGGUUCAAAGUCGAUUGCAGUAAGUCGACGGAACUCUAUGAGCAGAGUGCCGAACAGCUAGCCGAGGAAGAGAGAAAACGUACAGAGGAAAAGAAAAUGAAAUCCGAGUUUCAUCGUACCGUUGAUCACGACGAACUCGAUUAUCAUCAAGGUCAGGACAACUACGAUGGCAGACAAAACGGUAGAACGAAUCCGUUUGGUCAAUCCGCGAGACCCAAUCAAAUUCAAGACAACACCGAUGGUUUUAAAUCUCAAUUCAAACAGAGUAACGUUUUCGAUCAAACAAAUGGAAGAUCCGGCAAUCAAUUUGUACAGAACUCCAAUUCUAAUGGUUUUCAAAGUAACGAACAAGAUCUGGAGGAGAAUUUCAAUCCAAAAUCCAAACAAGGACCAACCUUUAAUUAUCGAACGAUAAAUAGACAACAAAAUCAACUGGUAGAUACUCAAAAUGGUAAAUACAAUCAAUAUAAUCCAAGCUACGAGGAGAAAUUUCAAGAGGGUACUCAAGGCAAUCAAGAUCAGUCUAACAAUUCCCAAGAUUAUUAUGGAUCAGCUGGUACACAAAACGUAGCUUUACGUAACGAGAGACCUAUCGGUAGGAAUACGAAAACGAGAACGAAUUAUGCUCGAAAUUUAAAUAAUUUGAAUUCGCCAACUCAAAAGGCUACGCCAGCAUACAUGGAAACGACGACAUUUAGAACGACUACUUCGAGUCCUGUAAAAGAAUAUCAACAGUUUGCCGAAAGUGCAGCUUUCGUAUCUAAUCGUGGUAAUUAUUAUAACAACAAUGCCGCCAAUCGUCAAUAUUAUUAUCAAUCUUACAACAAUCAAGAAUCAACGACGAGAGAUUCAACAACAACGACGAAAGAAAAAACUAGUUCGCCUGUGAUCAGGACUAGAUUUAGUAUACCACCAUUCCCUGGUCCAACGUUCACGCCAAUUUACAAACCACGAACUACCACCGUACAGAGUCACGAGACAACAUUACAAUAUACUACAACAACCGAAAAGACUUUGGAUAGUACGGAUUACUACAGACAGCCUUAUACAACGGAAACAUCAUAUGGUUUUGGCGGUGUCGUUGAAACUGUUGCCACAACUAAUCGCCCAGAAACUGAGGAUUAUCAGACCAGUACGGAAUCCAUUUCCACGGCAGCGUUAAAUGGAAAUUAUCAUGAAAACUCGGAAAUACAAGCGGCUUAUCGUACCGACCUAGAUACGAGUAAUCCCAAUCGAGAGACGUAUUCGAAUUAUUAUCGAAAUAAUAAUGAAUAUAAUAGGAAUAAGAUGAUUGAGGACGAUCAAGAGACGACGAGUUAUACCACUACGAGAUCUAACGUUAAUACAGAAAAUUAUCGUGAUUAUACCGAAGACGUAGGAACGACGGCAGCUUCUAUCGAUUAUUCAAACGACAUUCUCGAUAGACAAAAGUCGACGGGUUCGGAGACAGAGACGAAGAUUGACGCUAAGGAAGCUACGAGAAAUUUACCGAGUUACCGUGCUAACUCGAUAAACCUGUCGACGGAAAAACCAUCGAGGAGUACUCAGCAAUAUUCGACAACCGGAAAGACCUUGAGUCCUUACGACACCAGUUUUACGUACAAACAGGGCAAAGUAAUGUCAACGUUAGGUCCUUACAUACCGUUCACGAAGAAUUACAUUCAUUCGAGUACUUCGACUCCUACAACAAUUACGACCGCUAAACCACCUGUAUAUACAGCCACAGUACCUAGUUUUACUUCUACCGUAUCUAAUUAUCGGAAUUCUAAGAACCUGGUAUCAAAGUCUAAACAAUAUUUCUCUUCGUCGUCGACUAAUAAAUUAAAAGGUAGUAGUAGUUCGAGUUCGAGUUCGAGUUAUCUACCAGAAUCACGAAGCACUUUAAGAAUUGGCUCGGCUUUAGAGAAUAGGCCCGCCAACGAGAGAGAACACGUACUCGAUAUGUUACAUUCUCUUCAAGGUUUAGAAAACGACGUAAACACGUCCGUUAAUUCUCGUACGAGUUUAUCGACAGCCUCCGGGCCAUCUACUUUACAUUCACUCGCUCUUUACUUUGCCACUGCCAGCGAAAACUUUGCGUCGAGAGAAUCGACAGAGUCAAAUACCGAUCGUCCAGAAGAAACUGUGGAAACGUCGACGGAGAAAAGGGAUGAGUCCACGGUGGAACUACCAAAGAGUAUACUUACCCAACAGACGGUCGAAUCCUAUGCUGAAUUAUUUAAACUUAACAACGCUCUUGAGAUCAACGAUACGAGGAUAGAGGAUUCCAACGAGUUUGAGAAUUCCAAUGACGAUUUGGAUCUUCAACAGAGCGAGGGUCCAGUAAACGGAGCAAAUAAAACGGAUGGAACGAAGCUUCGUGAGCUUGCACAAGUAUUCACACAUGCUUUAUCCGCCUACUUGCAAGAUCCCGACACGUUCAAGAAGGUACUCACUGAUAUAAGGCCAACCGAUCCAAACUGGACUACCGAAAGCGAUCAGAGUGAAACCACUACUUCUUAUCCGACCACAGUAACCGAAGAAUUUCCAUCGGUUACCAAGGAGAAAGACGAGGUAUUGGAUUUCUCGGAGGAUGUGAAUGGAACGAGAAGACGAAAGCCAACAAGCGUGUAUCCGAGCGUCUAUCAAGCACCUUCCAUCGCGAUUACGAGUAGCACCUAUAAGCCUUAUUUGUCUCAACGUGACUAUUAUGGUUCAACCUUACCACCUGUUCAGGCUGCACGUCGUGACUUUUAUACGACUGGAUUCCCUGAAACAUAUCGUCGCGAUGUUUAUAAAUCAACUUUGUCGUCUGCUAGAUCGAUCGGCAGUGUUUCUCAAUCGACCAUUAAUACAGUUCGAUCUUUCGAAGACAAUGGUUAUCAAACGACAACAUGGUUACCUCCUAAAACGCAAAACAGUUAUUACACGACAACGAUAGCUCCUACGGAGGAUACAUUAGAUCAAACUACAACUUCCUCCUUGAACGAUCUAUCCAAUAAUAAUGAUUAUUAUGAAUCUUCGACCUUGCCGGCUGACAACAACUUUGCCUACGUAGUAAACAAUGCGUUCAAUAUCGGCAAUGAUAAUCGUAUACCAGUCAGUAGUGUCGAAACAAGCGAACAUAGCGGAUCGUCUAAAGACGAUUAUUUCCCAGUGGAAUAUAAAUCCGGAGAAAAUCAAUACGAUGAUACUUCUAAUGGAACCAUUAACAGAUCAGAUCCUUAUGGCAAACAUGUGAAACCUCUUGGUAUUACGCCGAUACAUAAGAAUUAUGUACCUUCCUCGACGCCAGCUUAUUAUCUACAAUACGCACAAGAUUCGCGUUUAGGUAACAAAUCAGAGAGAUUUGGUACGCCUCAUUAUUUCAAGCCAGAAGAUAACAAUAACGACGAUGGAUCACGGGUUGCUGAAGUAUCGAAUAGUAUAAUAUCCAGCUCUACUACGUCGAUACCGCCAAAAAGGAUCAGCAAUAAUCCAUUCAGAAUACGUUAUUACGAUUCAAGAAUCCCGGAUGAGUCUCUUGUAACAGCUCGUAGUUCCUAUCAGAAUUUUAGAACUAGUCAGAAUCGUGUCGAGGGUAACAUCAAGCAAACGGAUAAAACGACAGAGAGGUCAGUGACGAUGACAUCGAUAUCGUCAUCGAACAUUGGACUAGAUCCGAUAACGACUACGGUGAUAGACUUUGAUGACUCUUCUCACGUUACUACGGUCACUCGAAAUGCUUCGAACAAUAAUUCGAUUCAAAACAAUACGGCUUCGAAUAUAUUGAGCAAUGAUCAUUGGACGUCCUCGCCUAUGGUAACUCAACUCUGGGAAAGUACUAUUUUCAUCGAUCCUAAACGUAUAAAUCAUGGUUUAGAGGAUGAUCCUUCCUCGAAGGAAAUUACUUCGAACGAAUCAUUUUCAACUUUGAAACCAACACGUAGUAGUACAUUGGAUUCUCUUAAGAACAAGAUUUUUAACAUAAAUACCUACGAUGAUGCUACGAAAUCAUCGAUUACGAGCGAGGAUAUAUCAACGCCUUGGCAAUGGACACAUAACAAUGAUGACUCACCUACUACGUUUACUUUAUUACCAAGUGUAUUCACAGGUGAGAACACGGCUACCCCUACACCGAUUUAUACUACACGUUCCAGUAUAACAACAACAAUAACGUCUUCUGUAACAUCGACCAACACCAUACCCAAAGACAAUGCUUUGGUUUCCUUGUUACCAUACGCUACUACAACUUCGAGUGCUUCGAACACGAGUGACAACGAGGUUGUCAAGGCUAAGAGGAUCUUUGGCAAACUUAACGAGAGCAGUUCGGAUACCUUGAUGAAAGUGAUGAAACAAGCUGACACCAAUGAAACCGUUAGACAAUUAGUCCUAUUGUUGAUUAAUCAUUGUAACGGACCAAUGAACAAAACAAUGGAGGAAGAGAAGGAACAAUUGUUAAAUGCACUUUUAAGGAUGCCAGUUAACAGAUUCUCCACAGAGGAGUCACGUGAAAUAGUAGCUGGUAUCAACAAAUUGACAUUACCGAUCGGUAGACGAUCAUCUUCGAGAUCGAACGAACCAGAUUCUAGGAUGUCAUCGACGACACCUAGAUCUUCCGAACCUUCGAUCACGACAUUCCGUAGUAAACAAGGUAGAAAAUUUCGUACAACCACGGAUAAUCCGUCAGUCUUCUCAAGAAGAUCGGAUGAUCCUGAUACGGAAGAAACGAUUGACUCGUUAUCGGAAACAUCAGUGUCCGAUAACAGAGCAUUAGAUCUUUUACGAUCUCUUUAUUCGGUCGCUGCUAAAUGGGGUUGAAAUUCUAAAGGUAAUACAUUCGAAAGAAUUUUCGAUAAAACAGAGGACGCUCGUGCGUUAAAACCAUGAACGUUCCUAAUUAUUAUUAUUAUUAUCUUUCUUUUUUUGUUUUCUUUUUUUCGACGAAGUAGGAUUAAUUAUUUACGAAAGAAAAGAAAAAUGACAAAAUAAAAAGAGAAAAAAGAAAAACUAAGCGGGACAUUUGACUGCUCCGAAAGAGGAAAGCAAAGAAAUGAAAAGAAAAAAAAAAAAGGAAUAAAACAAAGAAGAAGAGCAAUUAUGAACGAGAACUGUUUUGCUAAAAUGCCGAUAGACAAGUAGCAGUUCGAUCGAUAGUUAUUAUUUAUAGUUUCGUUAUAUAGAAAAUAAGAAUAUACGAUCUUUUAACAUUCCGCAUUAUGCGAUUGAUCGGAUUAACGUCCCGAUAAAACGAUAUAUUAGAUGUUACAAGUCUCGGUUUAAAGCCAUUCAAGAUAAUCGAUUUAUUCAAUUUUGGUUAAUGUCUGACAGUCACGAUAAUGGAGGUCGUUGAACUUAUCUACCAGUUUCAUUCGUUUCGAAUUUUAAACGAUUCUCUUUUUUUCUAGGGAAUUUUUUUCUAGGGAAUAUUAUAUAUAUAUAUAUAUAUAUAUAUAUAUAUAUAUAUAUAUGUAUAUAUGUGUAUAUAUACAUAUAUACAUAUUUAUACAGAAAUUGAGAGAUGAAUAGAGAGAGAUCACUUGCAAUUGCUAGUUAAAAAGACAAUGUCGAUUAAAGAUAGAACGUAAGUUUAUAUUAAAAUGCAUAGAUAGUAGCUCGUAGGGACAUUUUAUCGUUGAAAUUUGUUCAGAAAAUUUAAAUUUCUCUAAUAGACUUUCAAAGAAGGGAUCCACGACCAUAUUAAUGUCUUCUUCUGUGUAAAUCUAUAUUUAACGCGUAUUACUAAUAAAUUUCUAAAAUACUAUGAUAUAAUAUUAUAAGAAAUUUUCGAUCAAAAGAUAUGGCAGAUUUGAUCACUUUGCAAGAUAGUAAAAGAGAAAUAUAAAAAAAAAAAAAAUAAAAAAGAGAGAAAAAGGAGAGGAAAAAAAAUAAUUUUCUUUUUCCUUCACGAUUUGUGUCUCUCUCUCGUUAUUGCGACCGUCCAAAAAGGAACGAUCUUCAAGUGUUAGUUAUAUGAUCGUACAUAUAUAUAUAUAUAUAUAUAUAUAUAUAUAUGUAUGUAUAUAUAUAUAUAUAUAUCUAUGUACGUAUUACAUACCUACAUACCUACAUAUAUAGAAUACGAUUCUGAACGAACGAUGCUUCGUUUUAUGAUCAUAAGGAAACCUAGCAAACGGUAAAUCAUCAACGAUCUUCCUUAUUUGAUGGUAAUCGCUUUCGUAAAAUAUUAUAUCCCUAGGAUGAUUUAUGUUUUACGAUAGAAAUUACAUACAUGUCUGUAUGUGUGUAUAUGUGUGUGCGCGCGAGCGAAUGUGUGAGUGUGUGUGUGUGUGUCUUGCGUUCUCCAUUACGUUUGCACGUGAAUCUAUCCAAAAGAAUUCCCACGCUUGAGAAAGAGAUGACGCGUGUUGAAAAUCUUUUCGAAAAAAAAAAAAAAAAAAAAGUCGAGAACGCUGACCAAAAAUAAAGAGUAUCGAGAAUUUAAAAAAAAAAGAAAAAAAAAAGAGAGAAAAAAUAAA